GCAGCAGUAGCGCGACGGGCGUUGUAUUAUUCGCAGCAUCUGGCAACCUGCGUUGUUUUUCUCUUUCCGGCAAAACUAUUGUAUUGAUUCUAACCUGUAUUCUUUUGUCCUGACAAAUAAGUUGAAGUUUAUAUUUUUUUCCCGGGAGCCCCGAAUUUUAUAAACACAACAGUUUUCUCGUUCAUGUAGCGAAUACGACGUUUUGUGUAUUUCAACCAGUGUAGUUUUCAACAGUACGUUGUGUGGCUAAAGUUCCUGUAUCAUCAGGGCGGUUCCACCAAUAAGCUUGCAGCAGAAUUUUUUUAUUAUGAUCCACUGCGAUUAAUCAAUACCGACGCCGACUCCGCUGAAAUCUUGUAUUCUGGCUAGCUUCCGUAGUAUUACUCACCGUGCCUCUGUACAUGGACCCGUCUGAAAUAAUGGCAUCCAAAGACACGAUUGUGAAGACUGAAAAAAAUCCGGAUUCUGGAAGCGAUUUUGAUGAUGAUGAUGAUCCAGACAAAACUGAAGUUCCGGGUGGAGGGAAAGACUUGGCAACAGCAGCAACUAUUAAGUCGUCUUAUGUAGAUGAAAAACCACCUGGUACCAGCAUCAAUACUAAUUUAAAUAAGCCUUUAGAACCAACAACUAAAAUGAAUGCAAAUAACAUGGGCUAUCCAAAAAAUAUAGGUGGAAUGCCUAAUUGGAUGGGUGCCAUGAUGGGAAAUCCUUUCAUGAAUUUAGCACAAGGAUCUUCUAAUAUGAUGUUUCCUCAAAAUAUGCCUUAUCCAGGGAUGAUGCCUCCUAAUAUAAAUCAAGCUCAAUUUUUACAAGGUAUGGUUGGUGGUGGAUCAGCAGGAAUGAUGGAUGGUAACGCUGCUACUAAUUUCCUUCUACAAGCAUUAAUGAGCAAUGGUGGUAAUAAUACUAACUUAAUAUCUCAACUACUGAGUUCAGGAGGACCAGCUGCAUCUCUGCUAUUACAAAAUUUAAUGCAACAACCAUUUACUCAACAAAGUUUUCCAGUGGGUCCUAAAAAUGUAUCACCAUAUUGGUACAAUCAAACAAUGAAUUCUAAAAUGUCAGGACGUCCUGGCGAAGAUGAAGAAGAGAAUGAAGAUGAAGAUAUGGGAGUAGCUGAAACAUAUGCUGAUUAUAUGCCUGCCAAAUUGAAGCUUGGUAAGAAACAUCCAGAUCCAGUAGUAGAAACAGCAUCUCUAUCAAGUGUUGAACCUGCUGACGUAAAAUAUGAAUUAUCACUUCCUCCAGAAACCAUAAAUUCUGGAUCUCUUUCUGCUCUUCAAUUAGAAGCUAUUACUUAUACAUGCCAACAACAUGAACAUGUAUUACCUGAUGGUUCAAGAGCAGGUUUUCUUAUUGGUGAUGGUGCUGGAGUGGGUAAAGGUCGAACAAUUGCUGGGUUGAUAUUUGAGAACUUUUUAAAAGGUCGGAAGAAAGCUAUAUGGGUUUCGGUAUCUAAUGAUUUGAAAUUUGAUGCUGAACGUGAUUUAGAAGAUAUUGGAACAUCCAACAUUAAAGUGUAUUCUUUGAAUAAGUUUAAAUAUGCCAAAAUAAAUUCUCAACCAAAUGGAAAUGUAUCAAAAGGAGUUAUUUUUUCUACUUAUUCUGCUCUCAUCGGUGAAUCAAGUGGUGGUGGAAAAUAUAAAAGUCGUUUGAAACAACUAUUGAAUUGGUGUGGUGAUGAUUUUGAUGGACUUAUUGUUUUUGAUGAAUGCCAUCGUGCUAAGAAUCUUUGUCCAGUUGGUUCUACAAAACCAACAAAAACAGGAUUAACAGUGCUUGAUUUACAAAAUAAAUUGCCUAAUGCUCGAGUUGUUUAUGCAUCAGCUACUGGUGCUUCGGAACCUCGAAAUAUGGCUUAUAUGGUACGUCUGGGAAUGUGGGGACAAGGGACAACAUUUCCAGAAUUUCUUGAUUUUAUUAAUGCAGUUGAAAAACGUGGUGUUGGUGCUAUGGAAAUAGUUGCAAUGGAUAUGAAACUUCGAGGCAUGUAUAUAGCAAGACAGUUAAGUUUCCAUGGUGUGUCAUUUAAAAUUGAAGAAGUACCAUUAUCAACUGAAUUUAGUAAUGUUUAUGAUAAUGCUGUAAAAUUGUGGGUGGAUGCAAUGCAUAUGUUCCAAGAAGCAGCAGAGCUAAUUGAUGCUGAAAAUCGCAUGAGAAAAACAAUGUGGGGUCAGUUUUGGUCUUCCCAUCAAAGAUUUUUCAAAUAUUUAUGUAUUGCAGCAAAAGUUAAACAUGCAGUUGAUGUAGCUAGAGAGGCAAUUAAACAUGGAAAGUGUGUAAUUAUUGGAUUGCAAUCUACUGGAGAAGCCCGAACUCUUGAACAGCUUGAAAAAGAUGAUGGAGAAUUAACAGAUUUUGUAUCAACAGCAAAGGGUGUAUUACAAUCUUUAGUUGAGAAACAUUUUCCUGCACCAGAUCGUAAUAGAAUAAAAAAACUCCUUGGAAAUGUUGGUAUUGAAUUAAAACAUUCUAAAGUCCAAAAUGGUGAUUCUCAGGGACCUAGUGGCUCUGGAGGAAGUGGAGAAAAAAGAAAAUCUGGUCGUCAAGCAUCUUCGAAGCAUGUUAAACGUGCCAAAGAUUCAAGUGACUCAGAUUCAAAAUCUGACAAUGAUGAUUCAGAUUUUAAAAUGUCUGAAUCUGAAUCUGAAAUUAGCGAAGAACAUAGCGAUGAUUCAGAAGCAAGCAGUGAUUUUAAUCCAUUUGGGGAAGAUGAAACAGAUAGUGAUGAACCUUGGGCCGGAGGUCGAGGAAAAAAACGUAAAAACAAAGUUCCUGCUAAAAAGAAACAAACUGCAAAAGAUAAAAUUCAUCAAAUAGUACUGAAAUCAAGUAUGGCUAAUAACAGUCAUCAGAAAGAUGCUAUUGAUCGUGCGUGUAGUAUGAAAGAAGAAUUGAUGGAAAGGAUUGAAAGAUUAGGUGAUAAGUUACCACCAAAUACCCUUGAUCAACUAAUUGAUGAACUUGGUGGACCAGAAAAUGUUGCUGAAAUGACCGGAAGAAAAGGAAGAGUUGUUCAAACUGAUGGUGGUAUACAAUACGAGUCUCGGUCUGAAGUUGAUGCCCCAUUGGAAACUUUAAAUGUUAUUGAAAAACAAAGAUUUAUGGAUGGAGAAAAAGAUGUUGCUAUAAUAUCUGAAGCUGCUAGUUCUGGUAUUUCAUUGCAAAGUGAUCGAAGGGCUCGUAAUCAGCGUCGUAGAGUUCACAUUACCUUAGAAUUACCAUGGAGUGCUGACAGGGCUAUUCAGCAGUUUGGUCGUUCUCAUCGUUCUAAUCAAGUUAAUGCUCCAGAAUAUAUAUUCCUUAUAUCAGACUUAGCUGGCGAGAGAAGAUUUGCAUCUAUUGUAGCUAAGAGAUUAGAAAGUCUUGGUGCUCUAACUCAUGGUGAUAGGAGAGCAACAGAAACCCGAGAUUUAUCUAAAUUUAAUAUUGAUAAUAAAUAUGGUCGUGCUGCAUUAGAAACCACAAUGAAAACUAUUAUUGGUUAUGAAAGUCCCAUAGUACCACCUCCAGAAGAUUAUAGAGGAAACUUUUUUGAAGAUGUUGGUGGAGCUCUUGUAGGCGUUGGUAUGAUAAUCAAUAAUGAAGCUAGUCCUGGUAACUUAACAUUAGACAAGGAUUACAACAACAUAAGCAAGUUCCUAAAUCGUAUCCUUGGUAUGCCAGUUGAACUUCAAAACAGACUGUUUAAAUAUUUCACUGAUGUGCUACAUCAUAUCAUUACACAAGCCAAGAAAUCUGGUCGCUUCGAUUUGGGAAUCUUGGAUCUGGGUACAGCUGGUGAAAAUGUAAAACGAGUAAAGUUAUAUAAGUUUCUUAGAAAGCAUGCUACUGGCCAAGCUACUACUGAGCUUCAUAUUGUACAUGUUGAAAGAGGUAUGAGUUGGGAUGAAGCUUUAGAAAGAUCUGCUGAUGCUAAAUCUUCUUCUAAUGAAGGAUUUUAUCUGUCUCAUCAAGUAAGAAACAAUAAAAGUACAGCAGUUCUUGCUUUGAUGGCUGACAAUAAUGCUAAUAAAAAAGGAGAAACCACAAAAUCACCAUCUAAGAAAGACAUCAUGUUUACUAUAUUCCGUCCAAAUACUGGAUUACAGUUGAGGCAAGAAUCGCUAAGUGAACUUGAAAAAAAAUACUAUAAAGUGGAAAGUGAUGAAGCAGAAAAACAUUGGAAAGAACAAUAUGAUUCAUCUGAAACUAUUUGUUCACAUGCUUAUUGGCGUGGCAACUGUAAACUUGUUACACUUGGUCAAGACUGUGAAGUAGGAUUGAGACGUCGUACAUACAAUGUUUUAUCUGGAUCAGUGUUAAGUGUGUGGAGUAGAAUAGAAAAUGUAUUGCUUGCUCGUACAGGUUCACAUCACAAAAUGCAAGUUGUCAGAUUAAAGACUGCUGAAGGAAUGAAAAUAGUUGGUACAUUAAUACCAAAAUCAUGUGUUGAAGCCUUAAAACAAGAUUUAGGUUCAGAUGCAGAAAAGACAGAAGAACAUGUUUCUGAUUUAUAAAUUAUGUGCAACAAUAUUUAGCAGAAAUAUGAUGAACGAAGUUCAAGGUUGAAUUAGCAUUCCUGUACCAUCAACAUUUUCAGGAAUAUAGUCCUUAAUUGAAAUUUAUCCUGACAUUUCUCAAUACUUUUCUGAAAGUUGACUAAAAUUCGGCAGAACUGACAAAAUUUUGUUUACUAUAAAUGUUAAAUUUUUUAAAUUCAAGACAAGAUGAUUAAUACUAUAAAAUUUGCUCUUAUCAACAAUGCUUCAUAAUUCAUUAUAUAUAUAUAUAUAUAUAUAUAUAUAUGAAAGUUUGUUCUCAAUAAUGUGAAUAUUCAAAAGCCCACCUUA